AUGGUGUUCAUUUUGCCAGAGAAGUUCAGAGCAGCAGAAGGACAAGAAAGCACUCUGGAAGGAGAUGUCUUCUCCCAAGAAAGCUUCGAAUGCAGGUUGGCAGAAGCAGAGGAGGCACCAGAACAGCAAAUAGGUAAUCCCAAGACAGGCAGAACUGCCAACAAACCGGCUGCACAACAACUUUGCUUCUCCAAACCAACCAAAGAGAUGACCAAUCACCUCAGACCUUUGUUUAUAAUAGCAAACUUUGGGGGUGUUCAUAUUCCCAAGGUCAUGAUAGAUUGA